AUGGAGAACAUCUGGAUCGGAUGUUCGCACCGCCUUCCUUUUAGCUCCACUUCGUCAGCCAGGCAAGGUAACAAUCCUACGACCUCCUUCGGUGAUCACACAAGCCGGAUUCUCAGCUCCGGGGGAGCUGUGGGAAGUCACUGGAGCGCUGUAUGGACUGCAGUCCAGUCCAGCGGCUUGGGCUACCCCACCAUUGAAGUGAAAUUGAAUGAACAGAUAACACAUCUUGAACAGUCCAAGCAUGAUCCCAAUUUGUGGUUGUUGAAAAGCCCGCAAACGGCUGAACUCCUCGCAAUCCUCACAAUUUAUGUGGAUGAUUUAUUGCUUUCGGGAACUCCUGAAGCAUCAACGGCUAUAUGGAAGGCGAUCAAGGAAAAGUGGAAGAUCAGCGAGCCGGAGUUUGCCGACGAGGGCCAGGGAAUCACAUUUUGUGGAUUUGAAAUCAGGCAAGAUGACCAAGGACUUCAUGUGGGUCAAUCGAAGUAUGUUCAGUCCUUACUGGACAAGUACUCUGAAGUAACUGGAGUUACCAGCGCCCCCUACGCCAAGGAAUCAGAACCGGUGUGCAAGCCUCAAGACUCUUUGGAGAAACUACGUCGUGCACAAGGGCUGGUCGGAGAACUCCUCUGGCUAGCCACCAGGACGAGAGCAGAUUUGGUUUAUGGGGUUAGUCGCAUUGGACAGCUUAUUACAAGGGACGUGGACCAAGCCAUUCAGAGGGCGGAGGAUAUGAUCAGAUAUCUCAAAAGCACGAAACAUCAGGAGGUGCGCUACGGAAUUCCGGGUGAGGGACAUGGUCCUGGAAGCCAGCUGCCGGUGGAGAGAGAUUUUAAUCUGAUCGAGGUUUUUGCUGACGCAAGCUUUUGUCCAGGGAGCGAUCGAAGUCAGACUGGCAUCGUGCUCAUGUGGGGCAAUGCCCCAAUUGGUUGGAUGUCAAUGAGGCAACCCUGCGCUAGCUUAAGCACGGCUGAAGCAGAACUCCAAGCCUCUUUGGAUGGGAUGACACUGGCAGAAGGGCUACACGGCUUGCUGUCGGAACUGGCAGAGGCUUACCAUGUGCCUGGGAAAUACAUGUUGGGUGAUCUUUGCACAAAACCGCUACUGGGACCCCGUAUCAAAGAGUUACUCAGCAUGAUGAGUGUGACGCUUGAAAAGCCAUCAGAUGCUGAUGGGGGGGAGUCGGACUCCUUGAAAGAAAUCAAAAGAUACAAGAUUGAGCCUGUUGAGUCCUCGGGGUCCGGGGGAGAUGGUCGUGUUGAACAGGCCCUUCGUGCAAUCACAGCAGCUUCACUCAUUGAUGGCGUGGCAUCAAAGUUGAUGAAGAUUCAGGUUGAGAUUGAAGAGGAGAAAAAUCAGCUUGACGAGAUCUUCGACCUCCUGAAGUACCUAAGUGCAGUGCUUGUGUUGGUCGGCUUGAUUGCCUUGGUUGCGUGGAAGUGUUGGAAGCGUGAGUCAGUUGAUGCCCCUAAGGAUCAGAUCUGUGAGGG